AGAAAAUCCUUCUUCUCACAUUAAACCAACGAAAUAUGCCAGCUCCCAAUCAACCUCUCGAGCUGAAGGAUGAGGACCCCGAAGAAUUGCGUUUGCGUACAGAAAACAUCAUCAAAGCUUCUCAGCAAGAGGACGCAGAGAGACAGAAGGCGGAGACAGAACUGCUUGCUUCCGAGACCAAAACGGAUAUGCUUCGCAAAAUAGCAGCUAAAGAAGCUGACCGAGCUAUGGAGGCUGAAAGAAAACGACGUAUAGCUGAGGAAGGUUUGAUUCAUACUCAGGAGGAGAUGCUGAGGAAGCAAGGAGCACAGGAAGCUAUCAGACUUGAAAAGGAAGAGCAGCAAAGGAGAAUUCUGGAAGAAACCAAGGCAGUUGCUAUGUCUGAUGCAGUACGUCGGCAGACCCAGAAAACCGCAGUGGAAGAGAUGGAGCAAGAGAGGGCUCGGCGCCAAAGCGCGGAAGACCUGAGCCUAGUGCCCGAAUCGCAAAGAGAUCUUAAACGUCAGGUGGAGCAGGACGUCGUUCAAAACUUUGCAGUCAAGCAUCCCUCGACUCCCCUUGCAGGUACUCCGUCCACAUACUCCUACGGGCCUGCUCCUCGUUCGGUAUCCACGGUUCCCCGCUCCUCUGUUGGGGGAGACUCGGAUUCGACCGGGAUUCACAAUGAAGUGCAGGAGCAGCAGGGUGGAAGUGUGAAAGUCGGUAGCAAAUGAUAGGUGUUGUCGGAUGGAGGAAUUGGUAGUUAUACAUUACUUUCAUAUCAGAAUGUCACCACAUAUUAGCUAGUAAUCAUAAAUCUGGAAGUUAUCGUACAACAUGAACUUUCUGGGGUCUCAACACUCA